CCAAGAGAGAGAUCCUCCGGGGUUACUUCUUCGUCUCUAUUCGCCAACAGACAAGUGUGAGAGAGAGAGAGGAGAAGCAAGAUGCGCAACCAGGUGCUCCUGUCCGCCCUCGUCGGCGCGGCCGGUGUCGCGGCCCGCGAUGUCCCCUCCAACGUCCAGAGCUUCUAUGACUCGCUCAAGGCUAAGGGCGCUUGCUCCAACAAGCUGGCCACGGGCUUCUACGCCAAUGACGACGGCCCCAACACCUUCGCCUACUGCGGUGACCACCUGUCCGACUACAACGUCAUCUACCUCAAGGGCUCGGGCAGCGCAUUCGCCGACAUGGACAUUGACUGCGACGGCGAGCAGAACGGCAAGGGCGACGACGGCCGGUGCGGCAACAGCCAAGACACCCAGGCCAUCACCUCGUUCCAGGACAUCGUCGAGGGCUACAAGAAGGGCGUCAAGGACCUCAACGCCUACGUGCACCCGUACGUCGUCUUUGGCAACACGGGCUCCAAGAGCGGCUGGAAGACGUUCGACCCGCAGAAGUACGGCAUCAAGCCCCUGUCGGUCAUGGCCGUCGUCUGCAACAACAAGCUGAUCUACGGCGUCUGGGGCGACGAGAACGGCGACGACGGCGACAAGCCCAUGGUGGGCGAGGCGUCCAUCUCGCUGGCCACGGCCUGCUUCGGCACCAGCAUGACGGGCAACAACGGGCACGACGAGACCGACGUGCUCUACAUUGCCUUCCCCGGCGACGACGCCGUGCCGGGCGCCGACGGCGCCAACUGGGGCGCCGACAGCUGGCAGGCCUUCGAGUCGUCCAUCGAGGGGCUCGGCAACAAGCUCAUCCAGCGGAUCGGCGGCGGCGACCCAGGAAAUGGCGGCGGCGACGACCCGGGCAAUGGCGGCGACGGUUUCGACGACUGCGAGUGGCCCGGCCACUGCGAGGGGGCGAGCUGUUCGACCGACGACGACUGCUCGGACCCGUGGGCCUGCAUCAAUGGCAAAUGCGGGACCGACCCAGCUCUACUGUGACUCGUCUGAGAAGGUGUGCACGGCGGGGUGCGAGUGGCCCGGCCACUGCCUCGGGGCCAAGUGCACGACCGACGAUGACUGCUCGGAUCCCUAUGAGUGCAACGCGAGUGCGGGGUACUGCUGGCGUACACAGUAAUUAGGGAGGCCAGGCAAAGAGUUGGUGGCUAAUGCGAUCAUCCAUCCGGAUGGACAAUUUGUCACGAAUGUGGUGUAAUCUGUGUGUGGCCGCCAUGGAUCGGCGGGCGAUGGACGAGAGACACCGCUCGUUGGUAUCUGGAGCUUCAUGAAAUACAGUGCAAGUUAGGUAAAUAAGAUAAUGACAAUCGCCGAAGAACCAUCUUACAGCAUCACCAGAGCUUGGUAUAGGGACCACUGAACGUCCAUAAAUCGCAUAAGCUCAGAGCCACCGGCAAAGAGUCUUGAUCUCCUGCGCCUGAUAUUCGGUAACUCCCCACGGCGCUGAUGGUUGUGGUCGGCCCAGCAUGGCCCACGGCCCUCUUCCUACCAUCAUCGGCCAAUCCUCGACGUCACACUCCCCCAUGCUUCCCCCAACUCACGAAACCCCAGGAAUCCUGUUCGAUCACCGCAAUGCAUGCCUUCUCAGUCGACGCCGUUAUGAUUCGCAGCAAAGCCACCUCAAGCACAGUAGCAGUUGCCCGCGCAGCUCUUCAUGAAGUCGUUGUGGAAACCUGUGACAUCGCAGUAGGCAUUGGCGUUGUUCGAGAUGCACAGGUCGUUCAUCAUGGCCGACUUGCACUGAGGCGUGCCAUAAUUUGACGCGGCCUGGGCCUGAGGAGCCUUGCCCGUUGCGGAGUUGUCAUUGCUUUCCACCGGGGCUGCGAGGGUCGAGGUGAGGAAAGCGGCGGUGGUCGCGAGAAGGGCGAGCAGCUUCAUCUUGACGGCUGAUCAGUGAUGAACGGUGAUCGGCGCGGGUGAGAGUUGUCGAUCCUUGACGGAUGGAAUGAGGCUCGGCGAUCUGGUUGGGAGAACAAGACAGCCUCUGGCUGCGACGUCGCUGGGCCGGCUCCUUAUACCAGGGACCGGGCGGCCAAGGAUGUAAGUGGAGGUCUAGAAUGCGCCCUCUGCUACCUGAUCCCGGGUAUCGGUUGUGGCGGAUGAGCUAGUAAAACGAGCGUGCAACCCAAGUUCGUGGAAAGGCGAACCGGAAAACGACGACCAGGGGGACCACUUUUGGAGGCUCGUGCAGAGGAGAGUGCUCAACCAGGAAAGCGGCGCGUUGACCAAGGAUGGGAUGGUUUUAAAGAGUCCAGGUCCGGGGGUGCGUGGUUGGUUCGGCCAGUGCCAAUGGGAUGCAACGACAGGAGAAGAGAUGAGUCUGG